GAAGGGGGUGUGACGUUAGUCAUUUUCUAAAGAGAGGGUUGUAGGCUUGUUUUGUUUUUAUUAUUAAUACAGAAGUGACUCUUCAGAAGACUAGGAAUUCCACAUUUUCACAAAUAACAAAGAAACCUGCUAAGAAGCCAAAGAGACUGCUUGAUAAGAUGUUUCCUAAGUACUUCAUUUUGCUAUUUGGAGCUCUGCUGCUGCUGUUGACAAUAGCAUUUUCUCUUGAAUGUACCAAAUACAAUGUAAAGACAUGUCAGGACUGCAUUGAGUCUGGCCCUGGUUGUGCCUGGUGCAAGAAACGGGAUUUCACAAAAAUAGGAGAACCAGAUUCAGUUCGAUGCGACACAAAGCAGCAGCUCCUUGAGAAGGGAUGUGAUGGGAAUAUUAUUUUCCCAGAAAACUUUGUUGACCCAGUUUCUUCUGCUCAAUCAAACACGAAGAAACAACUCUACCCGGAGGUGGUGCGAUUGCAUCUAAGACCAGGACAACCUGCUGUUUUUAAUGUGACAUUCCAGCGUGGGGAAGAUUAUCCAAUAGAUCUCUAUUAUUUGAUGGACCUCUCAUUCUCUAUGGAUGAUGAUCUGCAAACAGUGAAGAAAUUAGGAGGAGAUCUCCUUAAAGCUCUCCAGAGUAUUACCAGACGAGCAAGAAUAGGUUUUGGUGCCUUUGUGGAUAAGACUGUCUUGCCAUUUGUAAACACCCAUCCAGAGAAGCUCCAGAAUCCAUGCCCAACCAAAGAAACCAAGUGCCAACCACCAUUUGCUUUCAGGCAUGUGCUUAGCCUCACUGAUGAUGUACAGAGUUUUAAAGAAGAAGUAGGGAAACAGAACAUAUCGGGGAAUCUUGAUGCGCCAGAAGGAGGACUUGAUGCCAUGAUGCAGGCUGCUGUCUGUGAGGAUAUAAUUGGCUGGAAGAAUGUGACUCGCUUAUUGGUCUACACAACAGAUGAUGGUUUUCAUUUUGCUGGGGAUGGUAAACUUGGAGCCAUCUUAACACCUUUUGAUGGACAAUGUCACUUGGAAGACAAUAUGUACAAAAAAAGCAAUGAAUAUGAUUAUCCUUCUGUUGGUCACUUGAUACAAAAACUUAAAGAAAAGAAAAUCCAGCCUAUUUUUGCUGUUACCAAAAAAGUCUACGAUACAUACGAAAAACUGAGCAAGAUGAUCCCCAAGUCUGCUGUAGGAAAACUGCAGGAGAAUUCAAAUAAUAUAAUUCAACUCAUUCAGCGUGCUUAUAAUGAUUUAUCUUCCAAAAUUAUUUUAGAACAUAGCUCUGUGCCAAGCUCUAUCAAAAUCUCAUAUGAUUCCUUCUGCCUUAAUCAAAUACAUACAAAGAACCAACCACAAGGGGAAUGUGACAAUGUAAAAAUAAAUGAUAAGAUUACCUUCCAAGUGCAAAUUACAGCAACAUCAUGCAUUGAAAAUCAGACUUUUACUCUGCAGCCUCUUGGUUUCACAGACGUGACCACUGUACAUAUAUACAGUCGAUGCAAAUGUGAAUGUGAUGAGGAAUUACCAAAUAAAUCUGAUUGCAAUGGACAAGGGAUUAUAAACUGUGGGAUUUGCAGGUGCAAUGCUGGCUAUGUUGGAAAGAAUUGUGAUUGUAAGACUGGAGGCAAAACCAGGAAGGAACUGGAAAAAACUUGUCGAAAGGACAAUUCUUCAGUCAUUUGUUCUGGCCUGGGAGAUUGUGUAUGUGGACAGUGUAUUUGCCAUACUAUGCCAGAUACCAAAAAGCAUAUUUAUGGUCCCUUCUGUGAAUGUAAUAACUUUAACUGUGAACUUCAUAAUAGUCUAGUGUGUGGAGGGGAAGUAAGAGGUACUUGUGACUGUGGGAAAUGUAAAUGUAAAGAAGAAUAUGACGGCACUGCCUGUCAGUGCCUAGCUUCAACAGAAAAAUGCCGGAAUAAUAAUGGGAAUGUAUGCAGUCUCCGUGGGGAAUGUCAGUGCAAUACAUGCAAAUGUAAUGGACGCUAUCAGCCCCCUCUCUGUGUGGACUGCCCAAGUUGCCCAUCUCCCUGUGCCAAAUAUAUUUCUUGUGUUGAAUGUCUGGCUUUUGGGAGUGGUCCGUUUCAGAAGAAUUGCUCUGAUAAUUGUUCAAAUAUUAUUCUUGAAAGUAAAGCACAACCAAAAAGUAAAGAAUGCAGGGAGAAGGAUUCACAGAAUUGCUGGAUCUCUUACACAAUGUUUCAGAAUGAUGGAGAAGAGCAAUAUUCUAUUACAGUCAACCCUGAGAAAGAAUGCCCCAAACCCCCAAACAUUGCAGCCAUAGUAGGGGGCACUAUAGCUGGAGUGGCUCUUAUUGGGCUCCUUCUUCUCCUGGCUUGGCGGCUAGUGGCAGAGUUGAUUGAUCGCAGAGAAUAUCACAGAUUUGAGAAGGAAAAAUCCAAGGCCAAAUGGAAUGAGGCUGACAAUCCUCUUUUCAAGAGUGCCACUACCACUGUUGUGAAUCCCAGAUUUAAUGGCCAAUGAAAUGAAACCUGAAAGUACAAAGAAACUCUUCAGCAGAAAAACAGAAGAUGAAUCCACUUGCUUUUCUUAAGUCAGCCAUUAUUGCCGUAUAAUAUUAGUUACUUUUGAGAAAACCAUUCCGUGGGUUUUGCAACAUGAUUCUAUUCCAUUUUUAAAAAACAAACAAACAAACAUAGAGAACUUUACUACAUAUCUCAGAAGAAGCACUCAGAACAACUAGGCCUCUUACAUUCAUCACCCACACAAACUGUAGAAAUUUGAAUUUUCAUUUGUGAAAUUACCUAAAACUCUACUAUAUUAUUAUACAGUGUGUAAAUAAAAUUGCCCACUGCCACUCAGGGAGUUCUUUUAAUUAACAAUUUUGCUGUUUAUAAGGCCUAUUUUAAGGCGAGGUACUUAGUGAGAAGGUGAUGAGCUAUUACCAGAAACUGGCAAUUUUCCCAAGUAAGCAUUACGUUGAAUUCAAAACAGAGCAGAGCAGCCAAUCAGGAUUCAGUCCCUUUGCUUUAAAUUGCUGAGUUUACUACCUCAGAGGGCUUCCAGCAUUUAACACAUUUCUAACAUUGCUCUUUCCAUACAUAUUGCAUAUAUGUACCUAUGAGUAUGCUUGUUUUUUAGUUUACAAAACCAGGUGAGUAGUCAGAAAAUAUUGGGGGCGGGGGAUAUUUGACUAUUGUGGAAUAGCCUCAAAUGGCUUUGGCUCAUCCAUGAUUGUAGGUCAGCAAGCUUUGUGAGGUCUUGUCCAGCAAACCCAAAAUGUUGUUUCUGGUUGCAAGGGACAAAUCUGAACUCUGAAGCUAUUAUCAAAUGAAUUGGAAAAUCUAUAAAUACUUUUAUUUACCUGGUGCUAUAUCCAGGAUCUGAUGAUGUGAUAACUUUGAGGAACAGAUUAUGAACUGAGAUUCCUUGUGCCAAAUGUCCUGUCUGGAUAUCAAUCAGCCAUUGAAGCCCCAGAUAUUGUUUUAAACAAUAUCAUAUUGGUAAAAAUGUACUUGCAUUUCUCUUCCACUGUUCAGAAUGUCUUGUUAGUCCAGAAAAAUGAGUUUUUCCAAAAGUAUUACUCAGUGAGUGAUAAGACUGAAUGGUAAUUUCCAUUUUCCAAUUUAAACUUAACAACUAUAUCAGCUGCUGAAUAUAGGAAAUCCUUCUACUGAAAAAUUACUGACAGGUCCACAAAUUAUAAUCAGAUAGCUUUCUUUGGGCUGUUGAUUAGCUCCAUAUUCAAACAACAUGCUAAGUCAUAAAUCAGGCAAACCAUAUUAUGAUUGAUGACAUGCAUGAACAGAGCUUUAUCCUGGUUUACCAAUUGCAUUAAACCAUUUUUACUAGUUUGGUUAAAUCGGUUAAGUCCACAGGAUAUAAGUAAAUGCAAAGCCAAGCAUUAUGAGACAUGGUAGCAGAUGAGAUAUUUGAAAGCUGUGCGUUUCAUUUUUGAUGAUUGACAUAUGUAAGUCCUAAAUAUUUGGCAUGAUAACACAAAUUAUUGACAUUACAUGAGGAAUAGUAUUGUCACAACUCAUUUUAACAAAUUUUAAUUAAUAGAAUGGUGUAUGAAUUAAACUUGUCGGUAAAAAACAACAAUCUUGUAAUUUCUACAGAAAAAGAUUGAUCGCAUGAUCAUCCACAGAGAGGGAAAAUGGCAAGACAACAAUUACAAACUAAACUCUCCUAUUUUGUAUUAGCACUGCAAUGUAUCACAUGUAUAGAUAUGUAGGGAGCAGAAUUUGAGAUAUCACAAUGUGCAUGGCAUUGUUUUCAUAAAUUUUUGGUUCGUUGCAAAUUCCAGGCACUUAAUAAGGUACUUGAUAAAUAUUGUUAAUGCAUCAUUGAAAUCAAUAAAUCUUUUAGUGAUUUAAAAUCAUUUCAAUUUGUAAUUAUGUAGCCAUGCUUGCAAUUCUCAACUAUACACUGAUACAAUAA